CUGAUCAAAACAGACAGAAGUGAAAGAUGAAGACCUCCGUGGCUGUGUUGACUUUAUUCCUCCUCUACCUUAGAGCUGCUGAGGUGCAGCAGCUGGAUCACCAGACCGGACAGGGCAACACCUCGAAGAUUUCCACCAUCGAGGCAGCUUGUCUGUGUGCUGGUGACGUAACAGGGAGCCAGGCAAACUAUUGCCAACUUGUUCUCAUGUUAAGAGAGCUGGAGGCCAAACUGAAAAACACUGAGAAACACUUAGAGGAUCUGAGGGGAGAGGUCCAAGCCUCUCAAGGUAAGCGGGUGGCAUUUGGAGCAACUAUCAGCAAUGCUGGAAACAUCGGACCUUUUAACACUGACAUCACCCUGACCUACAAAAAUGUGUACUCAAACACAGGCUCAUACAACCCUGCAACAGGUAUUUUCACUGCUCCAGUCAGAGGAAUCUAUUACUUCAGCUUCUCUGGCCAUAACAUAUCAUCUAAAGCAAUGGGGCUGCAACUGAUGAAGAAUGGAGUACACACGGUUACUGUGGUCAACCACCCGGCUGGAAACCGCCACGAGACAGCAACCAAUGGCAUGACUCUACAGCUUGAAGUGGGAGACCAGGUGUACGUGAAACUCAGCCAAAACACCUGGAUUUUUGAUAAUGAAAAUAACCACAGCAGCUUCAUUGGUUAUUUGUUGUUCCCUCUGUAAGUGAAAGGGGAAUGUAGUGCUUGCUCUAUAAACUGAUGAGUAUAUCCAACAUACUCAUUUUAUCUCUCGUGUAGUUGCCAGCAAUUCCAGAGAAAAGUAUCUGGAACUUUAGUAGCUAGACGCUUGACUGUGUUUGCAAGACACUCCGUAAUUUUGUCUGUUAGCUGGUUGGUGCUGGGCAGAUGAUGUAGAGCGGGAUUUUAGAGCUUCAUUGUUAGGAAGUGGUUGCCUUUAAGUGUUUAAGACAGCUGCUUGGGAAAUUUGAAUCAUGAAUUGCUUUUGUUUAUUGUUUAUUGAUAUCAUGUUUGCAGCUAUCAAGUGUGUUUAUGAAUAAAGCUAC